AUGCCCCUUUCAGAUUCAGAAGUCUCCUCCUUAUCAUCUGCGCCACCGACAGACGACGAAGCCGCCAUGGCUGUCGAUGAGCCAGUUGGCAUCGCAAAGUACUUUAAGAAGGAGUCGGAAACACCUCCGCCGAAACGGGAGCCGUCACCACCGCAUGAAUACGUUUUCGCCGACAACCCUGAUAUUGCCUUCAUCGUCACGUUCCGCGCGCGUUUCCACGAAGUGUUCCCCCGAGGACUGCCACACUAUGGCCCACAGGACAUUGAGACUGGAGUUCAAGAGGCUCCCCCUGGAGAAUACAUUGAAAGGCUUCUUUGUGCAUUGCUUGGGCUGGUCUUGAACCGUAAGAAAGAUGUUGAACGUGCGCACUUUACACGACCCCUCGAAGAAGCAAUUCACACACACCAGUCGCAGUGGCCCAAGGCCUGGGGAGGCAAGAACCCCCUCCACGGGGGACGCAGCUUUGCGACCAUGACUCCCGAAGAACGCAUCCAAUUAUUGAAGGCCCUCAUACUUUGGUCACUUGCGUCGUCUGAAGCGGUCCAAGCAAAGAUUAAGGAAUCAUACAAGCAAUCGCGGCAUGAUGAUGACCUCAAUCAGCCACUGUCUGUUCAGUCCUGGGGCCGAGACAGCUUGAAACGUCGUUAUUGGCUUAUUGAAGGGCAAGAGGACACUCAUUUCCGACUUUAUCGCGAGAGUAACCCGGCUCUUAAGCACAAUACUUGGUGGAGUAUUGCGGGAGACAUUCCUGAGCUUGAGUCUGUCGCUGCGAAACUCGAGGGAGAGAAAGGCACCAAUUCGAAGAAACUGAGCGAGAAAAUUCGCGCAUCGAUUCCUCGAUUUGAGGCAUCCGAGGAGAAACGGAAACGACGUGACUAUCGUUUGGCAAGAAAAGCCGCGUUCGUUCGCCCAGACCCUGGCUUCUCCAUGUACGAAGGUCGUACGCGUGGAAAGAAGCUGAAAUACACAUACGAUGACGAAGACAUGUUCUCUGAGGAUGAAACUUCAGUUCGUCGCUCAACUCGUGGUGGCGGCGCCGCUGCAGCCCCGACGGAGUCAUCUCGGCCUCGGUUUACGGCGAGUGGACGGCAGAUUCGAUCUCGCGCAGGCGGUCUUUACGGAGAGACACUACUGGCCGGACAAGUAAAUGGUGGCGAUGACGAGGAAGAUGAUGACGAAGAAGUCAGUAGACCGCAAAGGACUCGCACCUCCAGAAAUCCCAACGGGUACUCCGGAUAUGACGCUGAAGACCUAGAAGAUGCGUCGAUUCAUUCAAGCGCAAAUGAAAGUGGCAACGAAUGGCGAGGCCCUGAAGAUGACGAAGAGCAUGAUUUCGAAGGUGACAACGAAGAUGAAGAGGAAGAAGUAAGCGAGGAGGAUUCUGAUGUCAGCGAGGAGCCAGAAAGUCUGGUUGUACAGCUUCGAUAUAGCAGAGGGAACGCACACAGCAACGGCAAAGUCGAAAACCAGAACGACGAACCUCCCCCUGCAAAAGAUGUCCACAUCAAGAAUACUACAGAAACAGCAGCACCUCCACCCACUCAAGCAUCGACAAUGCCCCCUCCCACAAACCCAAGUGAGAAACUUGCAUCGGAGGCUACAUCUUCCCUUCCUUGUGUUCCGAUACCACAAGUACCAACACAGCCGGCCCCGAUCAUGGCCCCACCCCCUAUCUCCAAGCCCCAAGAAGCCAUGCCACAGGGGCCGAUGGCCUCGACUUCUCCAUUACCAACUGCACCGCUAGCUGCUCAUCUCGAGGCACGGAAGGCAACCCAGCCGGCAGAGUCCAAUGGCGUGAAUCGGCCUUAA